CAUACACGCAUCUCCAAUCUUACUGUUUCGACUCAAUUCAACUCUUCAACACCACCAACCAUUCUAACAACGAGAACGCCCUCAUAUUCAAUUACACGACAAAAUGCCUAGCAACAACAUAGCUGAGCAAAUCGAACGUCUUUGGAAGGAAUUGGUGGUGAAGACUCCUGAAGUGCUGGUGGAUAAAGAGAAUCAAGUAAGUGAUGUAGUCCUGGAUCAGUACCAAAUUGAUCGCAGUCAUAUGGGACCAUAUUUUCUUAAAAACCUUGAAAAUGAAGGACAGGGAACUGCAGGAGCAGAUAUAUAUGGGCCACGAACACUGUUUCCUGCUGAUGUCCCAAUUCUUUUUCAACCCAUGUCCCGAGCGGAGCUUGAAAAGUACCCCAUUUUAGCAUCAAAACGGCCGAGUAUGAUACACUACGACCCCGCCAUUCAGGGUGAAUCGCCAAAUGGUCAGAAAACUUUCAUAUACCAGUGGGCCUACCAUUUAAUGAAUUGGGUGGAAUACUCCGUGGGUCAAUGCGGAGCAAGAGAAAACGCGAAAACUUUAGAUGAAGUACUAAUUAGGCGAAGAAAACUGAAAAACAUAUACUGGCCCGAUCCGUUCUAUCUAGGCUGCGAGCUGUUUCGGGCAUACCCUUCUGUUCACGACCAUUGGGGAGCAAUUCUUCGGAUCGAGCCAGAUAUGGUUGAUGGCCACCGUAUCUAUCUCCAUCUUACCAUUGGCCUAGCUCUAUCGCAUUGCGGGAAAGAGAACUCCAUGCUCUACGAGGAACUCGCAGUGAUUAUAUCUGCUAUGCAAUGCCGGGCUCUUCAGCCUCGGGUUCCAGAAGAUGAGGCUUUGUUUGAGGAGGAUAUUGAGACUAUAAGUCCAUGCCUCGAGAGUUUGGGGAUGAAAAGACGUUUCCUCUUCUCCUUCUGUCAUUUCCGGGUCCCCAGAAUUUCCGUUAUUUUCAUGUCUGUAUGCGUGGGACUCGGAUGCUUAUUCUACAGUCUAAGCUGUACAGUUUCGAAAAAGAGGAGACUGCGCCGAUUGAGCUUCUAGUACGGUUGGCAAUGAGCCAGCCGUUAUCAGAGAAUUAACUAACACCAGGUCGCAAGGAGUUGUACUUGCUGCACCCUCAGGUCGAAAAGACCGAGACUUAUGACAACCUCAGGUCGAAAAGACCGAGACUUAUGACACCUCAGGUCGAUAAGACCGAGACUUAUGUUAUCAACAAGUUGUACAAUCCAUACCAAUGCCUUAAAAGAAUGAGAUUGCUGUCUCCCUACCAAUGAGUGCGCCAAGUUCUGAACAUUACACACCGC